CAUCCAUUCUUCACACCACUUCACAUCGCGAUCGAUCUUCGAAUCGUAGCCGGAGCAAGCAGCGUAGGAGAGCAAUGGCGGAUCGCGGGAGCUACGGGCAGCACGGCCAGUACGGCUACGGCAGCAGGCAGCAAGGCCAGUACGGAGGGCAGUACGGCAGCGGGCGCCCGAUCACCGAUCAGGUGAAGGGGAUGCUCCCGGAGAAGGGCCCCUCGGCGUCGCAGGCGCUGACGGUGGCGACGCUGUUCCCGCUGGGCGGCUUCCUGCUGGUGCUAUCCGGGCUGCUGCUGGCGGGCACCGUGGUGGGGCUCGCACUCGCCACCCCGGUGUUCCUGCUCUUCAGCCCCGUCCUGGUCCCGGCGGCGCUGACCAUCGGGCUGGCCGUGACCGGCUUCCUCACCUCGGGCGCGCUCGGGCUGGGCGGCCUCUCGUCGCUCACGGUGCUCGCCAACACGGCGCGCCAGGCGUUCCAGAAGACGCCCGACUACGUGGAGGAGGCGAGGCGCAGGAUGGCCGAGGCCGCGGCGGCCGCGGGGCAAAAGACGGAGCAGGCGGGGCAGGCCAUCCAGAGCCGCGCGCAGGAGGCUGGCGCAGGAGCGGGCGGCCACACCGGCGGAGGCGGCGCUCACACCGGCACCCACACUGGCGCAGGCGGCGCUCACACCGGCACCCACACCGGCGCAGGCGCCAAGGGGUCGUCUUAAGCUAGCAGAACCUGCUUGCCGGCCACGCGCGCGGGUGCGAGUGGAGCGCGCGUGGUGGAGUUCCGUACGUGUCCAGGCAUAUCUCUGUUGCCUUCCCGAGCGAGUGUCUGUCAGUGUUGUGUGCGUGCGUGGUAGUGUCCCAUGAGCGUCGUGUGAUGUUAGUACGUUCGAUCAGUUCAGUUCCGAGUUAUGAAUAAGAAAGGCCGGCCGGUGGAGUUCUGUACUUGCGUUAGCGGUGAACCUGCCGGCAGCAGUAUACAUGUAUAUGCAACCCUCUCUGUAAGGGGAACGAUGAGUAAAUCUGUGGUUUCUUUCGUUA